AUGGAAGAUGACCCAGGUGCCGCGGACGACGAGAGAACCAUUGAACUCUCCUCUAUCGCGGCUAUUUUCCCAGAGCUUGUCAUCGACCCAUCUAAUCCGUAUGCUGCAACCCUCGAGCUUGGAGUUACACCCAUCCAACCCUUACGGAUAUAUUUCAAACCAGCAGAGACCGGGGCGCCACCUGCCUUGUUGACGCCACCGACAUCCUCCGAUCAAGACGAGGGAGAUUUUCCUCCAAAAACCCCAGGUCCACAACCUCCUCCUCUUGAUGCCCAUGAACUCUCACAUCUGCCUCCCCUUUCCCUCCGAAUAAGUCUGCCAGAAGGCUAUCCCGAGGAAACACCGCCGACGGUUUCUAUCUCAGUGUCACCACCAUGGUUGCCCCGGGUUAUGCUCCAGAAACUCAGGGACGACUGUUCGAGGCUUUGGGAAGAGCUAGGGAAAGAUCAGAGCGUCUACACAUACAUCGAUCAUGUUCAACAGGAGGCAGAGAACGCUUUUGGGCUUGCGGGAGCCAUUGACUUCCAGAUACCCGCUGAGCUCAAGCUGGCACUCUUGGAUUUUGAUCUCCAGGCCAAGCGCCAACAGUUUGAGAGAGGAACCUUUGACUGCGGAAUUUGUCUAGAGCCUAAGAAGGGAUCUCAUUGUCAUAAAAUGCUGCUAUGUGGUGAUGUCUUCUGCAUCCCCUGCUUACAAGACUUCUACAAAAGUUGCAUCACCGAGGGCGAUGUGGACAGUGUUAAAUGUCUUUCCCCCACAUGUGGCAAGGGUGAGAAUCAGAUGGUGGGUAUGAAUGGCCAGCCACUGAAACGACGAAAACACGAUCGUACACUCAAUCCCAACGAGUUGCUCCAGAUACCUAUCGAACAAGAGUUGGUCCAACGGUAUGUCCGUCUAAAGCGGAAGAAGAGAUUGGAAGCAGAUCCGGAUACAAUUUAUUGUCCACGGCAAUGGUGCCAGGGGGCUGCGCGGUCCAAGAAACAUCCCAAACCUGUCGACCCUAUAAACGGCGUCGAUGACAGCGUCUCCGAAUCAGAAGAGGAAGCACGUCCACAGAAAGGCAAAAAGAAAAGGAAACAUGACCUCGAAGAGCUCCCGAUGUCUGAACGAUUAUCAGUCUGCGAAGACUGUAACUACGCGUUUUGUUGCGUUUGCCGGAAAGGGUGGCAUGGCGAAUUGGCUCGUUGUAGUCCACGUCGACAAAAGGAGCUCGACGAAGAGGAGGCUGCGUCGUUGGCAUACAUGCAAAAGUACUCGACACCUUGUCCGACAUGCAACGCGCCGUGCCAAAAGACAAUGGGCUGCAAUCACAUGAUAUGUUUCCGAUGCAAGUCGCAUUUCUGCUACCUGUGCUCGGCGUAUCUCAUGCCAGAAAACCCAUAUACACAUUUCAAUGACCUCAAGAGCUCAUGUUACAUGCGACUAUGGGUUCUCGAGGCCGGUGAUGGCGAGGGUGUUGAUAUUCAAGCCUUCCACCAUCCCGAAAUGGCCGACUGGCAUGAAGAAGUUGACUCCGACACAGAGUCUGAAGACGACCUUCCCCCUGAAGAUUUUAGGGCUUUUCGCGGGGAGAGGCCCUUUACCGACGAGUUGGAUUCAUCCGACGAUGAGGAGCCUGCACCAGAUCAACGUCGCAAUCGCAACGUCAUUGAAAUCGUGAAUUUCGCACGUCCUGGGGGUGAAAAUGCACAACGAAUUGCCUUGCCCGACCGACCUCGCCCAGCUGAACGCCCACCACCUGCCGCGCCCAUUCCACAGCGAGGUAUGCCACGUCGUAGAGGUCGCGGGCAUCAGAACAGACGUCCUCGUGGCAUGGAAAACGGCCGAGGGCAAGCUGGAGGGGUUGGCCAGGGACGACAACCAGCAGCCCAACCGAGAAGGGUCGACCAGGCACAAGCACCUGUAGAGGUCGAAGCCAUCGUGGCCAAUAAUGACGUGGCACAAGAGGAUGGCGAGGCGCCAAUUCUCCCACAUGCAGCGCCAGGUCAAGGUAAUCAUCCAGGCGGUAUGCUCGCAGCCGGUCCUGGCCGAGCAAUGGGGCUAGAGCGUUUUCUGCAGCUCGCUUUACAGGACCAAGAAGAUGAAUGGGACAGUGAUGAGCUCGACGAAGAUCUCGACGAGCUGGUCCUAGCAGGGCCGAGGAGGAACCAAGCUCGAAACCAGUGGUGGUAA